AUGUCGCUCAAGCGCAAGGCUUCAUUCUCAGGAAUCUAUUCUCCCGAUGCGGCGCCAGUCGUCGCAGGACGAUCAUUGAUGAUGGACGACUCCCCCAAACAUCUCAAUAGUCGGACACGGAAGCGCUAUAGGAAUGACCGCCCGGAUGAUAAAGUUGUAUAUGAAAAUACGCUCCGCUGGCUCUUCACUGCCCAGCAGCAGCAAGGACCAAUUCCUCAUGCAGACGAAACGAUAGACGAGGACAUGGAGUCGGACGCUCUUCCAUCAGAGAUUGUCGAUCCACGACAACAAACGCUGCAUAAAUUCUUCCAGCCCUCCCGUCCGUUAUCUUCUCAACCCGGGCCCAACCAUAUGAAGCAACAAACGGACAAUAUUCCCCGAACCAAUACUGGGUUCUUGAAACGCCACGACCUUGACGCUCUUUCAAACGUCACCUCGACCGGCAGUAAUGCGACUAGCCCAUCCUCACAAGAUACUACGGCUGAUAUGGAGGUGCGGAUGGACUCCGGAGGCCACGAGUCUGUCCAAAACUUUAACAAAUGGAAUGGAGGAUUGGGCUGGCCGUGA